AUGUCCGAACAAAGUAAGGAUGUGUGUGACCCUGACUCUGCACCCCAGGCUCUCAACUCCGAGGUGCACAUCAGUCCUGGGGUCCCCGGGGGGCCCUCCCAGCCCGCGUCUCAGGCCGCGACCCUCGCAGCGCCAGAGAGCCCUCCUCUAGGCCCGAUCGAAGCCCCGCUGCCUUCGCCUCCGCCCCAGGCCCCAAGCGAGGAGGGAGACCCGAAGGCCCUGCAGCAGGCUGCGGAGGAAGGCCGCGCCCACCAAGCCCCAGCGGCCCAGCCUGGCCCAGCGCCGCCAGCCCCGGCCCAGCUGGUGCAGAAGGCGCACGAGCUCAUGUGGUACGUGUUGGUCAAGGAUCAGAAGAGAAUGAUCAUCUGGUUCCCAGACAUGGUGAAGGAUGUCAUCGGCAGUUACAAGAAAUGGUGCAGAAGCAUUCUCAGACGCACCAGCCUCAUCCUCGCACGAGUGUUCGGGCUACACCUGAGGCUGACUAGCCUGCACACGAUGGAGUUUUCGCUUGUCAAAGCGCUUGAGCCGGAAGAGCUGGACAGGGUGGCGCUGAGCAACCGUAUGCCUAUGACAGGCCUCCUGCUGAUGAUUCUGAGCCUCAUCUAUGUGAAGGGUCGCGGUGCAAGAGAGAGUGCCGUCUGGAACGUGCUGCGCAUCCUGGGGCUACGGCCCUGGAAGAAGCACUCCACCUUUGGAGAUGUGAGAAAGCUCAUCACCGAGGAGUUCGUCCAACAGAAUUACCUGAAAUACCAGCGCGUACCCCACGUUGAGCCACCUGAGUACGAGUUCUUCUGGGGUUCCCGUGCCAGCCGUGAAAUCACCAAGAUGCAAAUCAUGGAGUUCCUGGCCAGGGUCUUUAAGAAAGACCCCCAGGCCUGGCCUUCCCGAUACAGAGAGGCUCUGGAGGAGGCCAGAGCUCUGCGGGAGGCUGAUCCCACUGCCCACUGCCCCCGCAGCAGUGUCUCCGAGGACUAG